AUGUCACUGCGCGGUGGCCGAGGGCUGGCGGCCAUCUCCCCUCUGCCCUCCCCGGGCACGGCGGCGCUCACGCCGCUGGGGCUGGGCAGGGCUGACCCGACGGGCCCGGACAGGUACCAGGACACCCCAAGGAGGGGGCGCGGGGCGCUGCCCUUCCCAUGGCUCUGGCACACGCUGUCCCCGGAGCCGCUGGCCUCGGACUGUCCCUGGGGCUCGGUGUCCUCGCAGCCCACGGAUGCAGCGCUGGGACCGGACUGCCACACACAGCAGAACUCCACAGCCGCGCAGGAAAACUUCCAGAAGACGAUCCCGCAGUUUGGCAGAGCUCUCAAAGACAGGAAGUUUCUUCGCCAGGGUAUCCACUCCUUGCCGCAGUGGCAGCUGGAAGCCAGCCCGGUCCUGAAGGAUAUCUCCCAGAUCCAGGUGCGCAGGGACAGAGUGCGGCGGUGGCAGAGGGAGCCCGAGGAUGAGGAAGACUUUGGCCCCAAGAAGCUGCAGAGGCUGGGCCAGCGGAGCCGGCUGCCCGCUGGCCAUGGGGCUGCCAGGAGAGACCCCCUUGCCAAGAACCCUUCCCGCACACUAGAGCUGCUGUCCCCCCAGCUGCUGCCCUGGCAGAGCGAUGCCAGCGUGCCCAAGGGGACGGAGAACGUGGUGACCAUGCCAGUGAUGAAGGAGGAGGAGACAAAGCUGCGUCCGGGGAAGCACAGCCAGUGCCGACAGCUCUUCCGCUCGCCCUCGGUGCCCGGCAGUGUCCCCAGACUCGCCGUCAAGCAGGGACAGCCCCCGGACAGGGACGCCCCUGUCAAGGCCAAGCAGCAGAGGAGAGUGGCUGGUAGCCCUGAGCAGGAGGCAUCGGGAGUGGAGCUGGAGCCUUCCAGGUCUGCCCAGCUUGAGGAGAUCGAGAACCUGCUGGCCAACGAUGACCAGGAGCUCAUUGGGGAUUUCUCCAAGCCUCACCUGCUGCCGACAGUGGAGGGGAAGGACCAGGGCCUGAAGUACAUCUCCCCUGGCACGCUGGCGGCGGUGCUGACGGGGCACUUCAGCAGCUUCAUCGAGAGCAGCAUCGUGGUGGACUGCCGGUACCCCUACGAGUACGAGGGGGGCCACGUCAAGGGCGCUGUCAACCUGCCGCUGCAGCGGGACGUGGAGGAAUUCCUGCUGGAGCAGCCCAUCGUGCCCCUAGACGCCAGCAAGAGGGUGAUCAUAAUCUUCCACUGCGAGUUCUCUGUUGAGCGGGGCCCCAAAAUGUGCAAGUUCCUGCGGGAGAGGGAUCGGUCCUGCCACGAGUACCCAUGGCUGCACUACCCCGAGCUCUACGUCUUGAAGGGGGGGUACCGCGAGUUCUUCUUGCAGUGCCCGGGCCACUGCGAGCCCCGGGACUAUCGGCCCAUGGAGCACCCGGCGUUCAAGGAGGAGCUGCGCAAGUUCCGCGGGCAGAGCCGGCGCGGCCGGCGGGCGCUCUUCAUCCGCGGGCGGGACCUGUGA